CAUCACUUCCGCAAUGAUGAAGUGCCGGGGUGUGUAAGGACGUCUACGUGGAACAGCCACCAAACCGAGCUGCUGUAAAUGAUAGCAGAGAAAUACAGGGGAAACGGCCAGAAGAGAGACAAGACGCUCCUCUCUCGGCUGCGGGAUAUUGUUAUUUCGCUAUAGUUUUAGACAACCCGCUUUGAAAUUACCGUCACACAGACUGGAUGAUUUCUGUAACGCACUCGCCGCCACCCUGUAAAAGGAAAUGUUCAUGGUUUUGGAAGGCUUUAUGGAACUAGCUAGCAUUAGCUAGCGACGCUCCUGGCUGCUCUGAAGGAAAUUAUUGCUUGUCUAGCUAGCCAGGAUGCUACGGUGGAUACGACAACAGCUGGGCUUUGACCCCCCCCACCAGAGCGACACCAGGACGGUGUACAUCGCCAACCGCUUCCCACAGCACUACAACCCACAGAGGUUCGCCGACAACCGGAUCAUAUCCUCCAAGUACACCAUAUGGAACUUCGUCCCCAAAAAUCUGUUCGAGCAGUUCAGAAGAAUCGCCAAUUUCUACUUCCUCAUCAUCUUCCUGGUCCAGCUGAUGAUUGACACCCCCACUUCCCCUGUAACCAGUGGACUUCCUCUCUUCUUUGUCAUCACUGUAACCGCCAUCAAACAGGGCUAUGAGGAUUGGCUGAGACACAAGGCGGACAACGAGGUGAACGGGGCUCCGGUGUUGGUGGUGCGCAGCGGCAGCUUGGUGCAGACCCGCUCCAAGAACAUCAGGGUUGGGGACAUUGUCAGGGUGGCCAAAGAUGAGACGUUCCCUGCAGACCUGGUGCUGCUGUCAUCAGACCGCGUCGAGGGCACCUGCCACAUCACCACCGCCAGCCUGGACGGAGAGACCAACCUUAAGACCCUCUAUGCAGUACCAGAGACUGCAGUGUCUCAGUCCGUGUCCAGACUGGAGGCCCUGCAGGCGGUGGUGGAGUGUCAGCAGCCUGACGCAGACCUGUACAGGUUUGUCGGAAGGAUAACCGUCACCCAGCAGGGAGAGGAGAUUGUGAGGCCUCUUGGACUAGAGAACCUGCUGCUUCGAGGAGCCCGCUUGAAGAAUACCAAAGAGAUAUUUGGCGUGGCUGUGUACACUGGGAUGGAAUCCAAGAUGGCCCUGAACUACAAGUGCAAGUCCCAGAAGCGCUCUGCGGUGGAGAAGUCCAUGAACACGUUCCUGCUCAUCUACCUGGGCAUCCUGCUGUUCAAGGCGGUGCUGAGCACCAUUCUGAAGUACGCCUGGCAGGCAGAGGACAAGUGGAACGAGCCCUUCUACAACCAGAAGACUGACCAGGAGAGGAACAGCAGCCAGAUCCUGACGUUCAUCUCGGACUUCCUGGCCUUCCUGGUGCUCUACAACUUCAUCAUCCCCAUCUCUCUGUAUGUCACCGUGGAGAUGCAGAAGUUCAUGGGCUCCUUCUUCAUUGGCUGGGACCUGGACCUGUACCACGCGGAGAGCGACCAGCAGGCCCAGGUCAACACCUCCGACCUCAACGAGGAGCUGGGACAGGUGGAGUACGUGUUCACCGACAAGACGGGCACCCUGACGGAGAACGAGAUGCAGUUCCGCGAGUGCUCCAUCAACGGGGUCAAGUACCAGGAGAUCAACGGCAGGCUGGUCCCUGAGGGCCUGACGGAGGACCCCCCAGACGGCUCCUCCCCCCACAUGAGCCGAGAGCAGGAGCUGUUCCUGAAGGCCGUGUCGCUGUGUCACACGGUGCAGAUCAGCUACGACCAACCGGACGGCUCGGGGGCGGACCCCUUCAGCCACGCCAACGGCUUCUCCUCCCACAUGGAGUACUACGCCUCCUCGCCUGAUGAGAAGGCCCUGGUGGAGGCCACCAAGAGGAUGGGGGUCACCUUCAUGGGAAGCCACGCCGAAACGAUGGCGCUCAAAACCUUCGGAAAGUCCGAGAAGUACAAGGUCCUCCACGUGCUGGAGUUUGACGCCGUGCGCAGGAGGAUGAGCGUCAUCCUGCAGACUCCGUCAGGGGCCACGGUGCUGUUCACCAAGGGAGCCGAGUCCUCCAUCCUCCCCUUCGCCACCAGCGGAGAGAUGGACAAGACCAGGCUCCACGUGGACGAGUUUGCCCUGAAGGGGCUGCGCACCCUGGUGGUGGCGUGCCGCCACUUCAGCGUGGAGGAGUACGCCGAGGUGGAUCGGCAGCUGCACGAGGCCAGGACGGCCCUGCAGCAGAGAGACGAGAGGCUGGCCCAGGUCUUCUCCUUCAUCGAGAGAGACCUGGAGCUGCUGGGGGCCACCGGCGUGGAGGACAAGCUGCAGGAGAAGGUGCAGGAGACCAUCGAGGCCCUGCGUCUGGCGGGCAUCAAGGUGUGGGUGCUGACGGGGGACAAGCACGAGACGGCGGUCAGCGUGAGCCUGUCGUGCGGUCACUUCCACCGCACCAUGAACAUCCUGGAGCUGGUGCAGCAGCGCUCCGACAACGAGUGUGCCGAGCAGCUACGCAGGCUGGCCAGGAGGAUCAAGGAGGACCAUGUGAUCCAGCAUGGACUGGUGGUGGAUGGGGCCAGCUUGUCGCUGGCUCUGAGGGAGCAUGAGAAGCUCUUCAUGGAGGUGUCUAAGAACUGCUCUGCGGUGCUGUGCUGUCGCAUGGCACCCCUGCAGAAGGCCAAGGUGGUCCGCCUGUUGAAGACCUCCCCAGAGAAGCCCAUCACCCUGGCAGUGGGCGACGGAGCCAACGACGUCAGUAUGAUCCAGGAGGCUCACGUCGGCAUAGGUAUCAUGGGCAAGGAAGGCCGGCAAGCAGUGAGAAACAGUGACUAUGCAAUAGCCAGGUUCAAAUUCCUGUCAAAACUGCUGCUGGUCCAUGGCCACUUCUACUAUAUCAGAAUAACAACCCUUGUUCAGUACUUUUUCUACAAGAAUGUCUGCUUUAUUACGCCCCAGUUUUUAUACCAGUUCUUCUGUCUGUUUUCACAACAAACCCUGUACGACAGUGUCUACCUGACGCUGUAUAACAUCUGCUUCACCUCGCUGCCCAUCCUGGUCUACAGCCUGUUUGAGCAGCUGGUUCACCCGCAUGUGCUGCAGAGCAAACCGGCCCUCUACAGGGACAUCAGCAGGAACUCCAAGCUGUCCUUCAAGACCUUCCUGUACUGGACCCUGCUGGGGUUCUGCCACGCCUUCAUCUUCUUUUUUGGUUCCUACAUCCUCAUGGGGGAGGACACCUCGCUGAUGGGCAACGGACAGAUGUUCGGGAACUGGACCUUUGGUACGCUGGUGUUCACAGUGAUGGUCAUCACCGUCACGCUCAAGCUGGCCCUGGAGACUCACUUCUGGACGUGGAUGCACCACUUUGUGACUUGGGGCUCCAUCGCUUUCUACUUCAUCUUCUCCCUGUUCUACGGGGGCAUCAUCUGGCCCUUCCUCCACACCCAGGACAUGUACUUUGUCUUCGUCCAGCUGCUCUCCAGCGGCUCGGCCUGGUUCGCCAUCAUCAUCAUCGUCGUCACCUGCCUGUUCCCCGACGUCAUCAAGAAGGUGUUCUACCGCCACCUGCAGCCCACUGGCACCCAGAAGUCCCAGCUUGCUGAGGCCUCCACCCCGGCCGUCGGAUGUGUGGAGUCCCUGUGUUGCUACGCGGAGGGCCAGAGCGGCUGUUCCCGGCUGGCACGGCUGGUUGAGCAAAUGACCCGGCGUUGCGACCCCGCCACGCGCGCCACCGCCAACAGAUCGUGGAGCGACCUGGAGCCCAUCUACUCCAACGACCACAGCAUCCUGACGCUGUCCCCCAUCGAGGCCUCCCACGCCUGAGCUAGCAGGGAGCGCAGAGGAGUUAACCCCCCCGUCCCCCCGCCCCAGCUAGCCCUGACGCUAGCCCUGACGCUAGCCCUGACGCCAGUCCUGGCCAGCGCGCACGACAAUUUUGCUACUAGCCCCUCCACAUACAGAGAGAGACUGCUCGCCAGACCUCAACUUCACUGAUCACGUGACUGACUUGCUGACCAAUCAGUGGACAGCAUCCUUCUCAGCCCACAGCCCCGCCCACCCGGCCACGCCCCCACAGCCUUACCUCCCCGUCACACAGAAAAGGGACAGAUGUUGACAUAGAAAACAACCACGCCAUACCAAAGACCAAAGGACUGAUGGGACUGGACAGGAAGAGAAACUGUCUUAAUAUGUUGUGCCUGUAGGUUAGCUUAGCUUCCUAGCCUGACUAUACCUCGCUGCUUGUCCUUCCUCUUCCUUGUCUCUCCCCCCCCUCCCAAACCUCUCUCCUUCUGUCAUUACUUCUGGAGGAAACCUUUUUAUAAGCCAUAUUUUCAGACGGGUCGCGACCUGAUUUUCCCAGGUGUGUUGACACGAGAGCAGUUUCUUCUGAGCCCUGAGGUUUGUUCUGGGAUCCGGAACGCCUUUCUUCUUCACGCACAGACCUCAGAGGUACACUGACAGGUGAAUGUCCCUCGAGACAGAAGCUUCCGGAGACAGAAGUAUCAGAGUAGAUGUCAAAAGGAAAAAACAAACAUGGGAAAACGACGCUUUUGCACAUUGUCACUGUCCUCGUCUGAAUAUCACCAUUCCGUUUUCUUUGUUUAUGUUUUCUCAAAUCAUGGCCUGUCAUAAUUGAAGUCAUUGGAAUCACGUUCUUGUUCAUUUUUAUGUUUGUUGUUGCUGUGUGUAUCUCAGUUCUGUUACUAACCACUCGUUCAUUGUGUGUGUGUGUGUGUGUGUGUGUGUGUGUGUGUGUGUGUGUGUGUGUGUGUGUGUGUGCAGUUAUGUGCGUGUAAUAGAUGUCUGGUUGAACGCAGGGUGACACCAGACUGACUGGUGUCCUCUAGGGGGGGGGGGGAUGUAGUGGGGUUACCAAGACAACCGUUUUAAACUUGCCAUCAGUCAU